GCGCCGCAUUCCGGCACAGAUCGCGAGGCGUGCGGCGCAGGCGACGGCGGUGGCAGCGGCGGCGAUUCCUCCGCGUGAUUCUCUCUCUCGCCGCCUUUCUCUCCAUUUCUCUCUCUCUCGCUCUCUCUCUCGCCGUGUAUCUCUCGGCGAUUAUCUCUCUCUCUCUCUCGCUUCGUGAUUCGCGUGGCGGGCGAUGGACGCUCGUCGCGGACGCGCCGAGGCCGUGAAUUGAGUUUUUCUGAAAAUCCUCCUCCUCGUCCGCGCUUCCUCUCAUCCCUGCGCAUCCUGCGGGCGGAAAAUCCCCGCGUCGUCGUCGUGGUGGUGCUGCUGCUGCUGGCGGCUUGAGGAGGAGAGGGGGGGGGCUCUAACCCGGGGGGAUCUCGGGGGGGGGGGCUGGGGGGGCGACUCUCCCCGCUCGGCUCUUCUUGCGCGCGAGGACUCCACCGGCAGCCGCCGCCGCCGCAUCAACAGAACGGAGCCCAGGAGCUGCGAGGAGUUGUCAGGAGGUGUCAUCUGCCACCGGAUUCCACCGGGAGCCACCAGGACUUGCUAGGAGCUACCGGAGACCAUCGGGAGUUACCUUGACCUCGCAGGCUCCAACAGGAACGACGGGAGGUCACCGCGAGUCGCCGGGGUCACCGUAAGCCGUCCGGCAACGACCAGGGGCCACCGGGUGCUGACCCAGAUGUCGCGAUGUGAAGACGAGACGUGAGCCUGCGAUGUGGUGGCGGAGACGCUGAGCUCGAGACGACACGGAGAGGAGAAACUCUCGUCGCGCGAGGUAGCAGGGUCGACGCGAGAACGCGAGCGGCAGGCUCUGAAGCGACCAGCGGGUGAGACUUGGCGUGGCGAGAUGUGACGAGGAUUCGAAAUCGUCGACACGUCUCCAGUACCUCACGGAAACUACCGGGGGUCCCCCCACCCCCCUUGGAGUUAUCCGGAAGCGGGAGCCGAGCAGCGGCACGCCGAAGCGGCGCCGGUGCCACGAGCAGCACCGACCCCCGCCCCGCGCGCGGGGGUGGGGGGCGGGCGGACGCCCGCGAUGGCGCGCAUGGGCGCCGCCCCGCUCGCGGCCUGCCUCGCCUGCCUGGCCGCAUCGUCGGCGCUGGCCGACACGCUGCACCCGGUGGUGACCACCAACUACGGCAAGCUGCGCGGCGUCAAGGUGUCGCUCAACAACGAGAUCCUGGGGCCCGUGCAGCAGUUCCUCGGCGUGCCCUACGCGGCACCGCCGGUGGGGGAGCGCCGAUUCCUGCCGCCGGAGCCGCCGGCGUCGUACGGGCACGUGCGGAACGCCACGGCGUUCGCGCCCGUGUGCCCGCAGAACGUGCAGGGCGUGCUGCUCGAGGUCAUGCUGCCCGUGUGGUUCACGGCCAACAUCGAGGUGGUGGCCGCCUACGUGCAGGAGCAGAGCGAGGACUGCCUCUACCUCAACAUCUACUUGCCCACCGAGGACGGAAGUGCCGCUAGGAAGCGAGCUGAUGGCUCGGCCGCUAGUACCGGCGAGGAACAGCAAGACAUCCGUGACAGCGGCCCGCGCCCCGUCAGUUACAUCCACGGCGGCUCUUACAUGGAGGGCACGGGCAACAUGUUCGAUGGCAGCGUCCUCGCCAGCUAUGGCAACGUCAUCGUGGUCACCAUCAACUACCGCCUCGGCGUGCUGGGGUUCCUGAGCACGCACGAUCAGUCGGCACGCGGGAACUUCGGCCUCCUCGACCAGAUCCAGGCCCUGCGCUGGAUCAGCGACAACAUCGCCGGCUUCGGCGGGGACCCCCAGCGCGUCACCGUGUUCGGCUCCGGCGCCGGCGCCUCCUGCGUCAACCUGCUCACGUUGUCCCACCACUCGGAAGGGCUCUUCCAGAGAGCGAUCACGCAGAGCGGGACAGCGCUGUCCAGCUGGGCCAUCAACUACGACCCCAGCAAGUACGCGCACACGCUGGCGACGCGCGUGGGCUGCGGCGCGCCGCUCAACACGCAGGACAUGGUGGAGUGCUUGCGCUCGAGGUCGGCGCGCGAGCUCGUGGAGCAGGACGUGCAGCCGGCGCGCUACCACAUCGCCUUCGGGCCCGUCAUCGACGGCGACGUCAUCCCGGACGACCCGCAGAUCCUCAUGGAGCAGGGCGAGUUCCUCAACUACGACGUGAUGAUGGGCAUCAACCAGGGCGAGGGCUUCAAGUUCGUGGAGAACAUGGUGGACGGCGAGGACGGCGUCACGAGCAGCGACUUCGACUUCGCCGUCUCCAACUUCGUGGACAACCUCUACGGCUACCCGGAGGGCAAGGACGAGCUCCGCGAGACCAUCAAGUUCAUGUACACCGACUGGGCGGACCGCGACAACGCCGAGACGCGCCGCAAGACGCUGCUGGCCCUCUUCACGGACCACCAGUGGGUGGCUCCCGCCGUCGCCACGGCCGACCUGCACGCGCAGUACGGCUCGCCCACCUACGUCUACGCCUUCUACCACCACUGCCAGAGCGAGAUGAAGCCCGCGUGGGCGGACGCGGCGCACGGCGACGAGAUCCCGUACGUAUUCGGCGUGCCCAUGGUGGGCCCCACGGAACUCUUCCCGUGCAACUUCUCCAAGAACGACGUCAUGCUGAGCGCCGUCGUCAUGACCUACUGGAGCAACUUCGCCAAGACCGGCGACCCGAAUUCUCCAGUGCCGCAGGACACCAAGUUCAUCCACACGAAGCCCAACCGCUUCGAGGAGGUGGCCUGGUCCAAGUACAACCCCAAGGACCAGCACUACCUGCACAUCGGCCUCAAGCCGCGCGUGCGCGAGCACUACCGCGCCAAUAAGGUGGCGUUCUGGCUGGAGCUGGUGCCGCACCUGCACAGCCUGCACGACAUCAACCCGUACCUGUCCACCACGACGCGCGUGCCGUCGCUCGACCACGGCGGCGGCUACCCCACCAUGCGGCCCAACAAGUGGGUGACGCCGACCAACCGGCCGGGCCUGGGCAGCUCCCCGCCCUUCGCGUCCCGGAACCCCCCGGACAACGACCGGAAGACGUUUGGCGUCGGCGGCGGCCCCAACCCUGCGCUGCUGGAGAGCCAGCGCGACUACAGCACGGAGCUGAGCGUCACCAUCGCGGUGGGCGCCUCGCUGCUCUUCCUCAACGUGCUCGCCUUCGCCGCGCUCUACUACCGCAAGGACAAGCGCUACGUCGUCAACUCGCACCGCCGCCACCGCAGCCCCCAGCACGGCGGCCUCGGCGGCGCCGCCAACGACCUGUCGCUGCGCCACCCGCCGCCCGAGGAGGAGAUCAUGUCCCUGCAGCUCAAGCACGGCGGCGGCCGCGACGGCGAACCCCCGCCGGGCUCCGGCGCGCCCGGCUGCUACGGCGGGCCCGGCCCCGGCGGCGGCGGCGGCGGCUUCCCGCCCGACUACACGCUGGCGCUGCGGCGCUCGCCGGACGACGUUCCGCUCAUGACGCCGAGCACCAUCGCGAUGAUCCCCAACUCGCUCGCGCCCGGUGUGGCCCACCUCCACCAGCAGCAGCAGCAGCAGCUCCACCACGGCCUGCACCUCUCGCAGGCGCAGCCGCUUCACGCCUUCGGCGCGUUCGGGCAGCCGGGCGCGGGCAUGGGCCCGCCGUCCGCCGGGGGGGUCGGCGCCGCGGGGAUUAACAGCGCCACCCUCCCGCACUCGCGCUCGACCACCCGGGUGUAGCGCGCGUCGACGGUGCCAGCGAGGCGGCGGGGGGGAAAGGGGAUGGGGGGGGAGGGGGAGGGCGGAACGCGCCGACGCAUUUGCUCGGACGGACUCAAGCGGGGUGUUUCCCCGUCCGACCGUUGGGAGAGUAACAAUAAUCGCCUCGCCGGAGAUUUCCACGCGGCUGGGUGGAGGCGGCCGCGCACGCUGGUCUCGUAGGGCUGCGCGUCCGUCGCCGCCCGAGUUGGACUCGCGGAGAGACGGGAGGGGAUCGGACGGUCGGCGGUGUUCUCCCGCGUGAGAACGGGACGGUGCCGCUCGACGGCUUGGCGGCGGCGCGACACGCGGGAGAUUGACCCCGGCGAUGGAGCUGGUGCCGCGGCGCUGCCGUAAAGCCGAGCGACGACUCGGGGGACGCUCGGCCGAGCGCCGGCGGAGAAGACGGCGCGCCGUUCCCUGGGUUGCGGCAAAAAAAAUCGACGGCGCCGUGGAAUGGAACUCCCCGUUGCAUAGUGCGUUGGUCGCCGUCUGGGAGGCGUCGAGCGGCCGCCACUUCGUAUUGUCCGAGUCGAGAACGAGUUCGGGGGAGGCGGAGGGGAAUAUUCACGGCGACGAGCCACAGUCACAGGAACGGUGCGGAAGGCUCGUGGAGAGCCGGAGAGCCGGGGGAGCUGAGGUCAUGACCUCGCGUCUCAACAGGGCCCCCCCCCCCCCUUCGCUGCCCCCCCCACCCCCCUCCAGUUCACGCCGUGAAACGUGCCCGUGCGUUGCGCGCGUGCGCCCUGUGGCAACACGGCGCGACGCGUCUGCUGCUAUGGGUGAUGUGUGUUUUUGUGUAUUUGUUUUAUAUACAGUAUAUAUAUAGCAUAACGGUAAUAAUGUUAUGUAAAUUGGUAAUUACCCGUACAUUUGGAAAGCGACUAACAUAGUGAGUAACGGAGUUACAGAAAUGGCAGAUAUCACGGGCGAGUGCGCGUCGGGGGCUUGGCAGCCGUGGAGCCGAGUGACGCUCCGUGGUGGAGGAGUGGAGCUGAGUGACGCUCCGUGGUGGAGGAGUGGAGCCGAGCGACGCUCCGUGGAGGAGGAGUGGAGCCGAGCGACGCUCCGUGGAGGUGGAGUGGAGCUGAGUGACGCUCCGUGGAGGCGGAGUGGAGCUGAGUGACGCUCCGUGGAGGUGGAGUGGAGCUGAGUGACUCUCCGUGGAGGUGGAGUGGAGCUGAGUGACGCUCCGUGGAGGAGUGGAGCUCAGUGACGCUCCGUGGAGGAAGAGUGGAGCUGAGUGACGCUCUGUGGUGGUGGAGUGGAGCUGAGUGACGCUCCGUGGAGGUGGAGUGGAGCUGAGUGACGCUCUGUGGAGGUGGAGUGGAGCUGAGUGACGCUCUGUGGUGGUGGAGUGGAGCUGAGUGACGCUCCGUGGAGGUGGAGUGGAGCUGAGUGACGCUCCGUGGAGGAGUGGAGUUGAGUGACGCUCCGUGGUGGAGGAGUGGAGCUGAGUGACGCUCCGUGGAGGUGGAGUGGAGCUGAGUGACGCUCCGUGGAGGAGGAGUGGAGCUGAGUGACGCUCUGUGGUGGUGGAGUGGAGCUGAGUGACGCUCCGUGGAGGUGGAGUGGAGCUGAGUGACGCUCCGUGGAGGUGGAGUGGAGCUGAGUGACGCUCCGUGGUGGAGUGGAGCUGAGUGACGCUCCGUGGAGGUGGAGUGGAGCUGAGUGACGCUCCGUGGAGGUGGAGUGGAGCUGAGUGACGCUCCGUGGAGGAGGAGUGGAGCUGAGUGACGCUCCGUGGUGGAGGAGUGGAGCUGAGUGACGCUCCGUGGUGGAGCCAAGCUUAUCCGCUAGUGCUGCGCCAUGCCAACGGAAUCCCCAUAGCGCUCCAAAUCAGGACUUUGGGUACCAGCGACACUCACCCUCCCAUGUCGACGGCACCUUUACCAAGUCACGAGUGACACGUUGAUAAAAGCUGUGCGGUCUUUCACGCUGACCACCUAGGGUCAAGGUCAAAGUGAUUUCCUUCUCAAAUGAGCCGAGGCAAAGCUCGCCUCCCCUCUUCAGCGCAGAGCCAUCGGUACAUCAUUUUAACGACCUCGGAGGGAUGAUGGGCUGGGUUGAUCCGUAACCAGAAUCUGAGGCUCGCGACCUUCCGAUUGCUUGCUCAAACCGCUGAGCCACCUGCCCCGAAUUAUGGAAUGUGCGUCGAUAACUGGAAGUCUUGAGAUUUUAAUCGUCAAGUAACUUCGAUCUACCGUGGAAACAAACGCUUUCUCUUACAAUGCUAACAAAAAGUAGCGACGGCGACGGAAGAAAAACGGCCAGAAAGUUUCUCCGUGAGAAUCUUUCCAAAACCGUUUUAUUCCCAAAAGAAACGUAGCAAGGCCCCCCCCCCUCCUCCCAGCUUAAAAAACACACAAUACGCACGUGUGUAACACGCCAGACAGCUUUCGUUCGCUCUCAGCGUGAGAGAAUGAAUCGAGGCGCAGGAUGUCACGGAGAGACGCGGGGAAGGUGAAGGUAGCCCCAGAACCGGUGCUACGAACAAAUUGCCCCAGCUCUGCGAUCCUCUAUUGGCAUGUUUGGCCAACUCCAUUAACGAGCGUUUCGCAAACCUCUCCUUCACCACUCGCGCACACGUCCCGUCUUUCGCCGUCAUGGGAAUCUCCCCCAAUUGGAACGUCCAAGUGCAAUUCAUCCUUAAGUUCAGAUGCGUACAAAUUCCCGGGAAAGGCGGCUUAUCUGAAGCGCCGAUUUCCACAGAUCGUACCGUCCGAUCGAUCGUAUCCUCUCCCGUGGUGGAGAGGGGGGGAGAGUGGGGAACCGUUCUCUUACCGAGGGUCUAUACAGAACGUUCAAAAAGAGUUUUGGUCGGAGCAACACAGCGCAAAAAUGUAGUGCCAUCAAAGCAUAACGCGAAAGAUAAUUAAGGGCCCACCGCCACCGUUUGCCAAAUCGAACAAAAUAUUGCCCCCCUACCAAAAUCAGUGCGGUUAACAUGCUUGCAGUGGCGGAUAUCGUCUCUGGGCCGUUUAGAAGCGGCAGGCCUCAGCGUGGCUGUGUGAUGAUGGAAGUCGCGUGCCGUGUGGGUGGGUGGGGAUGCUGCCACUUUAUCGACUGUAGAGCAAAACCCGCACGUGUUUCUCA